CCGGCGCGCGGCCGGAAGCCGUUCGCGCGCGGGGCCGCCAUGCCGCGGGCGCUGGGGCUGCUCUGGCUGCUGCUGCCGGGGCUGGCGGCGCUGGAGCCGCUCAGCGUGGGCCUGGCCAUCGGCGUGGCCUCGGCCCUCACCGGCUACUUGUCCCACCCCAACUUCUACUGCAGCUACGUGGAGUGCUGCCCCGGUGCCGGGCACCGCAUCAACGCCACCGCGCUGAAGGCACAGCUGGACACCAAGCUCUUCGGGCAGCACCUGGCCAAGGACGUGGUGCUGAAGGCCGUGAUGGGCUUCAGCAACAACCCCAGCCCCAAGAAGCCGCUGACGCUCUCGCUGCACGGCUGGGCCGGCACUGGCAAGAACUUCCUCAGCCAGAUCCUGGCCGAGCGCGUCCACCCCGCCGGCCUGCGCAGCAAGUUCGUCCAUCUCUUCCUGGCCACCCUGCACUUCCCCCACCAUGAGCAAGUCAAGCUUUACAAGGAACAACUGCAGAACUGGAUUCGGGGCAACGUCAGUGUCUGUCCCCACUCUGUCUUCAUUUUUGAUGAGAUGGACAAAAUGCACCCAGGUCUCAUUGACGCCAUCAAGCCGUUCUUGGACUACUAUGAGCAGGUUGAUGGGGUGUCCUACAGGAAGGCCAUCUUCAUCUUCCUCAGCAAUGCGGGUGGCGACUUAAUUAAUAAAGCAGCCCUUGACUUCUGGACAAGUGGAAAGCAGAGGGAAGAGAUUCAGCUGAAAGACCUGGAGCCCAUGCUCUCUGUAGGCGUCUUCAAUAAUAAGAACAGCGGACUGUGGCACAGCAGCCUCAUCGACAGGAACCUCAUCGACUACUUUGUCCCCUUCCUGCCCCUGGAGCACAAGCACGUGAAGAUGUGCGUCAGGGCUGAAAUGAUCGCUCGUGGCUACGCUGUCGACGAGAAAGUGGUUCAGGCGGUGGCCGAUGAGAUGACGUUCUUCCCAAAAGCCGAGAAAAUCUACUCUGAUAAAGGCUGCAAGACUGUACAGGCCAAGCUGGAUAUUCAUGAAGACGUUAUGAUGAGAGAUACGAAAGCCAAGGGUUGAUUACCCUGCAGGUCUCCAAAGCGCUUUCAGAGCUUUUGGAAAUCUGAGUAUUUGCACUUAAGCUUUUUUACUGUUGCAGGGAGUACGGUGAGAACACCAGUCAGCUGGGUGGGCUUUAAAACUUGGGUUUUUUUAACUUAAAUCCCCAGUGUUCAUCUCUGAACUGGCUGCUAUCCAGAUGUUUAACCCUUUAUUACUUUUUUUUAACCUAUAGGGAAUUUCAGAGUGACACAUAUAGCACUAGGUACAAAGCAGCGAAGGAGAACAGAGGCGUUCUUCCAGGCACUCACAUUCCCUUCCUUGUACACGAUCUCGUUCAUGGGCUGGUGAAGAUGAGGGAUUUGUGGUGUGUUCAGGGCUAUGAUGCUGUCUGUGAGGGUGAACACCGCUAUGUGUUACAGUAAGAUGAUGCGGUGGAAAGUUUCCUGUCCUUCACAGCAGAUUGAUGCUGUUUUGGCUUCUGCAGAAGAGCAUCAGCUGUUCAGGGACAGGAGGACAUGAUUGUAGUUUGUGUCUGAGCUCUGGCAUCAUAUCACAUCUGCUAUGGGCAUAUGGAAAGAGAAAUCUGUUACUAAAUAGUAGAGAAAGGGUGUGGGGGGAAGUAACUGCUCGUCCCUGUGCUUCUUUGGGAAAAAGAAAUUGUAAAAGAAACUUUAUAUUCUUCUAACGAAGGGGGUUAAGUGAAUUUGUGUGGUAAGUCCAGGGUGUUUGUCUUCCUAAGCAGAGGGACCCAUCUGAGGGAUCUGACUGUGACAACAUCCUAAGCCAGUCUCUUGUUCUACAUCAGAAAAAUCUCUCGUGAGAGGUUUGACUGUUGGAGCUUGUCUGGCUAAUCUGCAUGUGGGCUCCUGGCCCGAAGUCUGCAAGAUCUCUCAUAGUCCCUCCCAGUGCACCCAACAGACUGGGAGUGGGUAAUACUGCUUUCGCCUCGCUUGGAAGACCCUUUCAUGGCAGAAGUUAUUUUUAAUAGAGUAUUUUUAUACUGAAAGUGUAAGCAACAGCAAUACAAAGCUCUUCUAGAGAGCCACAGAAAAGGGAGUAUGGGAAAUGGGAGCAAUCAACAAUCCCAUACCUCACUAGAUAAGUGUCUUUUAUAGUAGCAUUUUAAAAGAAUGUCUGUGUGGAAGGGUGAGUGGGGUGUCAGGAAGCUGGGAAAGAUGAUUUAGCCUUUACCCAUUUGGUAGGGCCGGGGUUUAAAAUCUGCAAGCUUUAACUCUUUUGUCAUCCAUCCCUUGUGCCUCAAGUACUGUAGUGCGGGACAGAAGUGCCUAUCGCUUAGUUGACUGUAGGGUGUUUUUUAAACUGGUACGAGGGACUGGGCUGUUUUUGUGCUGCAGCUCUGCUCCAUCACUUGUACUUAAACUUGCUUUAAGAUGCGCUGCAGAACUUACAGGUGUCAACUCAUUAUGUUCAUUCAAAUUACAACAGAGUUUACCAUAUAUGUUAAGCUCUAGACUAGAAGUGUCAGUUGCCUUUUACAACCCCACGUGGAAUUUGUCAAAUGUUGGCAAACCGUUUGUGCUGCUGAUGCAAUCUCCAAAGCCAAACGCAAGCUAGCCACUAACCUUGGGACAUUGGACUGUUGCUUCUCACAUGUAAUGUUUUGCCUAUUAACUGAUUUAUUCAUAGGUGUAAAUAUUGCAUCCAGUUUCAGUUACUCUGAAUAUAAACUACUUGUGCAAUUUCAGAACACUAUAUAUUACUACUGUGCUGCAAUUGGAAUAAAUCUUAGGCACUUUUCUUUCUUGGUUUAAUCAUUGUCCUGGUUUCAGCUGGGAUAGAGUUAAUUUUCUUCCUAGUAGCUGCUAUAGUGCUUUGUUUUGGAUUUAGAAAGAUAAUAAUGUUAAUAAUAGAAUGUUGUUUUAGUUGUUGUUAAAUAGUCAAGGACUUUUCAGCUUUUCACAUCAUGCCGGAUGCACAAGAAGCUGGGAGGGGGCACAGCCAGGAGAGCUGACCCAAACUGGCCAAAGGGCAAUUCCAUACCGUAUGACAUCGUGCUCAGGAUGUAUUUUGGGGGGAAGCUGGCUGGGGGAACUGCUGCUCGGGGAUGGGCUGAGCAUCAAUGACCAGGUGGUGAGCAACUGCACUGUGCAUCACUCAUUUUGUAUGUUCUUUUAGCAUUAUUAUGAUUCUCCUGUGCUGUCCUAUUAAAUUGUCCUUAUCUCAA